GUCCUACUACUACUCGGAUAAGAUAAGCUCGAGCUUGCCUUCUACCAAUUUGAAGCCAACUUGACAACUGUGAUUCAUGUAACUAUACGUAACAUGGUUGGCAAAUUAAUUAAUUCAUGAUCCAGUAGCAUAGCAGCAGCUCUGCAACAGUUGGCGUUGCAGAUUUUUGGUAAAACAGUGUCACCGUCCGUGUGUGAGGAACGAGAGAGAGCACAAGGAGGUCAGGUAAGGGAAGGGAAGAAAGGGCUGAGUUGAGUGGGCCCACUGAUGACGGCACAAGUGGUUGGGAUCUGGCGCUUUGGCAAACUUGGGGGACGCUAGCCUUGCAAAAUUUCAAUAUCGACACAUCAAUGACAUGGUCCCUCCGCCCCCACACCACUAGUCUCUCUUCGCAUGCCAUGAGAGCCUGCUGCUGCUGUCUGAAUUUGGUUCAUUGCUGCUAAGUGGAAGAGUGAAGACUCAUGAAGAGGCUAUUGGCUCUGGUUCUGUUUCUGGCAUUUAGUAGUGCUGUUCAGUAUGAUGGAGAAGGAAAGAAUGGACAAUGUGAAAACAAGAAGUGUUUGGAUCCCAGACCUCACAGCGUGUCACUCUUGGAGUUUGGGGCAGUUGGAGAUGGGAAAACAUUGAACACGGUAGCCUUUCAAAAUGCUAUUUUCUAUGUCAAGUCAUUUGCUGACAAGGGUGGUGCUCAGCUCUAUGUUCCGCCUGGCAGCUGGCUUACUGGAAGUUUUAACCUUACCAGCCACCUCACACUCUUCCUGGAAGCAGGUGCCAUCAUUCUUGGAUCCCAGGAUUACGCUCACUGGGAUAUUGUGAAACCUCUACCUUCUUAUGGUCGAGGGAUUGACUUGCCUGGUUGGAGAUAUCGUAGCUUGAUCAACGGACACAAUUUAAGUGAUGUGGUGAUAACAGGUGAUAAUGGAACCAUUGAUGGACAAGGUUCUGUCUGGUGGGAGCAAUUUAAUUCUCAUGCCUUGAAUUACAGCCGGCCCCAUCUAGUGGAAUUCACCGGAUGUGAUAAUGUCACUAUAUCAAAUUUAACCCUCUUGAACUCCCCCGCUUGGAACAUUCAUCCGGCGUACUGCAGGUAUGUGCAAGUUCUGAACAUAACUGUUCAUGCUUCUCCUGCAUCUCCAUAUACUAGUGGUAUAGUCCCAGAUUCUUCGGAGAAUGUUUGCAUUGAGAACUGCAACAUUAGUAUGGGUCAUGAUGCAAUUGUUCUUAAGAGCGGUUGGGAUGAGUACGGAAUUGCCUAUGGCAAACCCACCAAAAAUGUGCAUAUCCGGAGUGUUAACCUUCAAUCCUCUUUAGGCGCUGGCCUGGCAUUUGGCAGUGAGAUGUCUGGAGGCAUAUCGAACAUACUUGUAGAGCAGCUUCAUCUACGUAACUCAUUCAUUGGCAUUGCACUCAAGACAACUAGGGGAAGAGGAGGUUAUAUGAAAGACAUAAUUAUAUCCAAUGUCGAAAUGGAAAAUAUUCACUUGGCAAUAGAGGCUACUGGUCAGAGUGGCUCACACCCUGAUGAAAAAUUUGAUCCUGAUGAACUGCCAUUUGUUAAAGGAGUCACCUUUGAGAAUAUGGUCGGCACUAAUAUCACUUUUUCUGGGAAUUUUUCUGGACUCGACAAAUUGCCUUUCACAUCUAUCUGUCUCUCAAAUAUCUCAUUCUCCAUCACUUGGAAUUCUUCUACCUCAUGGUUCUGUUCCAAUGUGAUGGGUUUUUCAAAGGAGGUGUCUCCUAAACCAUGUUCAAACCUCCGGGACUCAACUUUUAACUCUUCCGCGGCUUGCUUCUUUUCCUUAUACCCAUUCAACUAUGCUACAGUUUUGUGAGAUCAUCAUCAAAAAGACAAAAUACCCGUUCUGUUCAAUCUGUACAUGAGAUACCGUUUAUACAGGAGAUUUUCCAAUAAAGCUCCAAUUUAUAAUCUUCCAUCUCUUCUCAUACGAACAAGCAUUCUCUGCCUUGCUACGAGAUCUUCCGAAGUGAUGUGUCAUCCUGAUAAUACAGGCUCAUGUAGAGCCUCAUUUUUUCAUUCGUGUGCAAGGAAAUUUUGGUAGUGCAGUACAACUCAGAUAGCUGUUGCUUCCAUUGUUUUAUUUUAUUUUGGAAUAUCUUUAGUUACAAUGUAAAUUCAUGUAAUGUGGACUGUUACCAGAUUAAUCAUUGAUAUUCUGGCAAAGAGAGGUUGUUAAGUUAAGUGACUGAUGUGAUUGAAAUAAUGAGUAAUUGAAAAGGUUGAUGUCU